GGGCGGCCCUUCAGUUCACACACACAGGGAGAGAGAAGCGCGCACGGACGAAACAAACACGCCCAGCUGGCUGUCUCCCCAAAGCGUUUUUCUCUCUCCCGAUCCCAGGCGCUGCUUAGAGAAAGCUGCAAAUGACUUCGGAGUCGCCGGACAAGGCAGCCGUUCUCUUCCACCCUUUCUCUGCAGGGAGUGGCCGAAAGACCAGCAGUCCGGGGAAACCUGAACAGCUCAACGCCUCUUCCACGUUUGGGACGCCGUUGUGGUAUCUCUUGCACGCCGACCGACUAUGGAACUCAGCAGCUCAUCAUCUUCGGCCUACAACGGUUUGCAAGACGACCAUGACCUCAAGUUCCUGCUGCGGGGAAGUCACCUCUUGAAAGUCAAGUCCACUUCCUGGAGAAGAGAGAGAUUUUACAAGCUCCAGGAAGACUGCAAGACCAUAUGGCAGGAAUCCAAGAAGAUGCUUCGAUCUCCAGAGUCACAGCUUUUCUCCAUUGAAGAAAUCCAAGAUGUCAGGCCAGGUCAUAAGACUGAAGGGAUGGAAAAAUAUGCGAAGGAUGUCCCUGAAGUUCGUUGUUUCUCUAUCAUCUUCAAAGAUCAGAAGAAAAACUUGGACCUCAUUGCUGGCUCUGAAACGGAUGCAACUCACUGGGUGUCCGGCUUGGGAAAAAUCAUUGCAAAAAGCAAUUCAAUGAGCCAGAGGCAGAAAUUACAACACUGGAUUCAUGCUUGCCUGCGGAAAGCAGAUAAAAACAAAGAUAACAAGAUGAGCUUUAAGGAACUCAAAAGUUUCAUGAAGGAAGUCAACAUUCAGAUGGAUGACAGCUAUGCCAGGCAGAUCUUUGAGAAAUGUGACAAAUCCCAGACCAACACCUUGGAAGACGAAGAGAUAGAGGAGUUCUACAAGAUAUUGACGGAACGCAAGGAGAUUGACGCCAUCUUCUCAGAUCAUGCGGAGGAGAAGCCGGUGAUGUCCCUGGACCACCUGGUGCGAUUCCUCCAAAAGGAACAGCAUGAGGAGAACGCUGGCCCUGAAUUGGCCCUCUCUCUCAUUGAGCUAUAUGAACCCAACGAAACAGUUAAAAGACAAAAGGCGAUGAGCAAAGAUGGCUUCCAGAUGUAUUUGCUUUCCGCGGAUGGAAAUAUUUUCAAUAAAACUCACAGCCAAGUGUAUCAGGAUAUGACCCAACCCCUCAGCCAUUAUUAUAUAUCUUCUUCGCAUAAUACCUACCUCAUGGAGGACCAGCUAAAAGGUCCCAGCAGUACUGAAGCCUACAUCAGAGCUUUGAUGAAAGGUUGCCGAUGUGUGGAACUCGAUUGUUGGGAUGGCCCGAACUCGGAGCCGGUCAUCUACCACGGUUACACGUUUACAUCCAAGAUCCUCUUCAGCGAUGCCAUCAAAGCCAUCAAGAAUUACGCUUUCAAAACCUCUCCGUAUCCUGUCAUUAUAUCUCUGGAGAAUCACUGCAGCCUUGACCAGCAAGAGACUAUGGCACGCCACCUCCAUUCCAUUUUGAAGGACACAUUGCUGGUGGCGCCAGUUGAUUCCAAAGCAACCAGCUUGCCUUCCCCAGAGCAAUUAAAAGGGAAAAUUCUUGUGAAAGGGAAGAAGUUAAUUCCAGAAACGGAAGAAGUUUCAGAUGAAGAUGAAGCCGCUGAAAUGGAAGAUGAGACUGUAAAAAGUGAGGUAGAAAAGAAGAAAUUGAGCGACAAGCUAAAGCUUGCCAAGGAGCUGUCAGACACUGUCAUCUACUGUAAAAGCGUCCAUUUUCAAGGAUUUUCUGAGCCACAGCCUCAUGACGAGAUGUGCUCCUUCAGUGAAGGCAAAAUCCUUAAACUGGCUCAGGAAUCAGGAGCUGACCUAAUUCAUCAUAAUGUCCAGCAUCUAAGCAGGAUCUAUCCAGCAGGUUGGAGGACCGACUCGUCCAACUAUAACCCUGUCGAGAUGUGGAACAUGGGUUGCCAGAUAGUUGCCUUGAAUUUCCAGUCCAGGUGCUCAGAAAUGGAUAUCCACCAGGGCCGAUUCCAAGAAAACGGAGGCUGCGGCUAUAUCCUAAAGCCAGAAUUUCUUCGGAAUGAGCAGUCAAAAUUCAACCCCAGAUCCAUCACCGAGGGGCCGUGGUACAGCCCUAAAAAAUUCCAGGUUAAGAUCAUCUCUGGCCAACAACUGCCAAAAGUCAACAAAAGCAAAAAUUCAAUUGUGGACCCAAGAGUGAUUGUGGAGAUCCAUGGUGUUCAGCGAGACAACGGGAAGAACCAGACCAAAGUAAUUGAUAAUAAUGGUUUUAACCCAGCCUGGAAUGAAACCUUUGAGUUUGAAAUUGACGUACCGCAACUUGCCCUGGUCAGAUUUAUGGUGGAAGAUUUUGAUGCCUCAACAAAAAAUGAUUUUAUCGGGCAAUUCACAGCUCCUUUCACUAGUCUGAAGCGAGGCUACCGCCAUAUUCACCUUUUGACAAAGAACGGAGAUCAGUACCCAUCUGCCACACUCUUUGUGCAUAUCAACAUUUGGGACAAAUGUUAAAAAGAAGAAACAAACUUCAGGGAACGCGCAAGCAAUCUCUCUCUCUCUCUCUCUCUCUUCUUUUACAUUUCCAGACAGACUUUUGGUCCCCACAGCCUGGCGAAGAAAAACUCGACUCUUCGGAGGCAUUGUGGUGGGCCAUUCCCGCCUUAAUUCCAGUUGAAUAUUUACAUUGGAAAACGGCUAGAAAAUAAGUUAUGCUUUAACUUUUAAUCCUAGUUGCUUUUCUAGGGCGAAAGAAGCAGCCCAUAACUCUCAGGAGCUCUUACUCGUGUUGUAGGUGUAGUAGUAAUAAAGAGUCAAUAUGUUUUUUUAAGGUUUAUUUUAAUGCAGUCUGAAUUAUGUUUGCACUUCCCCAAAUUUUAUGUGUUCUAGUAUGACAGUGCAAAAGUGUGUGGGAAAAACAUGCAAACCCCUGUGUUAAAUGAAGGACAAUUGCUUUCUAAAAAGCGGGUGUCAGAAGGAAGAAACUAUGGAAAAUAUGAAGAAAAACAAAAAUGUGUACCGCUAGUCCUUGAUUUAGCAAUAUUUGUUUAGCGAUCAAAGUUACAACUGCACUGAAAAAAACGAUUAAUGUCCACUCCUCUUACUUAUGACCAUCGGAACAUUCCCUAACCAUCACAUGAUCAAAAUUAAAAUUUGGGAGCUUGGCAACUGGCAUGUAUUUGUGACAGUUGCAGCUUUUCAGGAUUACGUGAUCGCAAUUUGGGACUUUCUCAGCUGGCUUCUGUCAAGCAGAGUCAAUGGGGGAAGCUGGAUUCACUUAACAUCUGAUACACUUAACAACCAUCAGUGAUUUGCUUUACAACCAUGUCAAAAAAAAAAAGAUUAUAAAAUUAGGGACGACUCACGUAACAAUAGCCUUCCUUAGCAAGACAACCCCUGGUGUAGUGGUAAGUCGAGGAUUACCUAUACAUCGUUUUAAUGCGAACUUAAAAUAUUUGCCGGCUUCCUCAAAGACUCAAAUUGGGAAAACAGGAAAAGGAACCUAACUCAGAUUUGAUACACAGGUGUGAUCCAGGUGUGGGUUCUACUUACCUUUACUACCGGUUCGCAACAGGGCCGCGCACAGAAGCUUCCUGAUGACGUCUGGGUCAGUGGGCGGAGCCUCCCGCCAGUUUUCCUACCGGUUCUUGCGAACUGGUCUGAACCAGGAGCAAUUCAUCACUGGUGUGAUCCUAGGAUCGAUCUGUGAGAUGAUCAAAGUGCCUUUGCUUCUUCUAAUCUGCACUGCUAAUCCUCAGUGUUGCUAAACCCCAUUUUAAGAUUAUUUAAUUAUACUUCAUUAUUUUCCUUUUGGGAGACUCUUGAUUUGCCAGUUCAGCACAGAUGUAAUUUUCUGCAAGAGCGUUAAGCUAAAGGUGAAGGCUUCCCCUGUCCAGUCGUGUCUGACUCUUAAGAGAAGGUGAUCAAUCAUGAGAAAACUCUUGAUCAAGAAGGAAGUUAACGGGGUUCAAUGACCAAAAAGGUCUUCCCUUAGCUAGAAAUAUUUUGGUGAACAGGACAUGACCAGCCAAUUUUCAGUAAUGCUAAUUGUGAUAUCUUGGAUGGGGGAAUGGAUAUGAAGAACCUAGAAAACCCACUUUUAAACCCACUUUAGAUGCCUUUUAAUCUUAAUUUUUGUCAUUCAUCCUUUAAUCCUGGCCAUUUUCUUUUCUUUUUUUUUAUUGAAAAAGUUUUACCCUCCUGGAACAAACACAAAGUAUAGUUAAAAAUAAAACAAGUAUAUGCUAAAAAAAUUUCCCUCCCAACUCAAUUACACUCCUACAAUUCUCAUCAGUUCGUAACUUGCCCCAAAACAAUCAGAAAUAAUACAUCCUAAUCAUUCAAAGGCAGUCUGAUAACUCUUAGUCUGAUAUCUUCUUUGAAUAUAGUCAAUCCAUUUUUUCCAUUCCUUUAAGUAUCUUUCUUGCAUAUUGUCUUUCAAAAAGGCUGAGAUUUUCGCCAUCUCAGCCAAAUUGGCAACUUUCAAUAUCCAUUCUUCUAUUGUGGGUAGUUCUUUUUUCUUCCAAUACUGUCCUACCAGUAAUCUUGCUGCUGUUAUUAGAUUUAAAAUCAAUUUAGUCUCAAUUAAUGUACAGUCCGUAAUAAUUCCCAGCAGAAAAAAUUGCAGCAGGAACUUUAUCUUCUUUUUCAGAACAUUUUGUAAAAUCCACCAAAUUUUUAUCCAACAGGCCUUAAUAUCCGUACAAGUCCACCAAAUAUGAAAAUAUGUAGCGUCAUCACAAUUACAUCUCCAACAUUUUGCUUGCAUAUCUGGAUACAUACACAAUAGUUUCUUAGGAUCUAAAUGCCAUCUAUAAAACAUUUUAUAUAUCCUGGCCAUUUUCUGAGUUGCAUUCACUGGUUGAUCUAGUCCAGCAGCUGAUGGGAUAUUUAUGGGAAUGACCCAGAAAGUCUAUGGAGAUUCUCCAUAGUCAUCCAGGUCAUGGUUGUCCCAAAGGUGUUUUUUCAAAAGGCAACUGGACUUUCUUUAUUUUUGCUUGAAGAGGUUUCCCUUCUCAUUAGAUUAGAUUAGAUUCCCAUUCUCAUAAGAAGCUUCAUCAGUUUUCUGAUGAAAAAUUAUGCCUUUUGAAAAAGCAUAUUUGCCCAGAAAAUCUUUUGAGAUCCAUGGUAAUCAACUUCAAUUUUGAAGAACAAUGUUAUUUUUCUCCAAUCUUACUUCUUUCCUUUGCGCACAUAUUCCCAAUGGAUUUAUCUAAAAUAUUACCAGAUUCUUCUUCAGUGGAAAUUGCAAAUAUUAACACAUUCAACAGAAAUACCAAAUUGUGAGCAUUUUUUUUAAAAUCUGAUUUUAAAAAUGGUAAAUUGGAAAACUUUGAAAAAGAUUUAUAGAACAUUGGACAUAUGAUUCCUACAUAUUCUCUAAACCGCUGUUUUGAAAUCUUGGCCACUUUAAGAUAAGUGGACUGCAACUCCCAGAAUUCCCCAGCCAAAAAGGUCAUAAAAUUACUGUGACUGCCUUGCUUAACAAUCAAAAUUCUGGUUCCAAUUGUGUUCAUAAAUUGAGGACAAUCUGGCAUUACAAUCUAUGUACUUGUUUUUCAACCUUGGGCACAUGAAGAUGUGUGGAUUUCAACUCCCAGAAUUCUCCAUGCUGGCUGAGGAAUUCUGGGCAUUGAAGUCCACACAUCUUCAAGCUGCCCAAGUUGAAACACUAAUUGUUGGAAUUUUCCAUCCAUCCUAUUUUUUUUAACAAAGUAUGCAUAGCCAUGAAGGUUUUCUACAGGAAUCCCUAAAGCAGAGGUCUUCAAACUUGGCAGCUUUAAGACUUGUGGACUUCAACUUCCAGAAUUCUCCAGCCAGUUCUGGGAGUUGAAGUCCACAAGUCUCAAAGCUGCCAAGUUUGGAGACCCCUGCCCUAAAGGAUAGUAGAAUGGCACAUUUCCUACUGUGGUUGUAUCCUGACCAUGUUGAAAUAAGACUCGCCACAAAGUAACCAGGACUAAACUGGGAUAUUUCCAGAGUUUUAAUUUGAUGUCUCAAAAUGGAUUUGAUGAUCUGCCCUUCCUAUAGUUAAAAAAUAGGCACAGAGGUAUUUUCAGUGUGUGGUUAAAAAAAAUCAAGAGGGUGGCCAUGUUGUUUUAUGCCUACAAUAGUGGCUACCAUCUUGUUGUUGUUUUUUUUACUCCACUUUGCAGAAACCCUGCAAUUUCUAAUUCUGAUCUGUUUUAUAAGUCAAGAAAUGCACAAUAUAAAGGCUUUCUAACCCUGUGACUAGCACAAAUUCUCUCAGACACUCUUUUGAGAUUUCAUUGGCAUCGCUUACCCAUUUCCCCCCUUGAGUUUAAGUUAGCAACAAUAAGGACUAGUAACUUGACCAAUCAGAACCUCAGAAUGCUUCUUAUAAGGCCAAUAUUGCACGUUCUGUCAUUUGCUGCAUCAGCAAGGUAGUAAUACACGUAAAGCUUGAUUUUUAUUUUAUUCUUAUAACUGCAAAAAAUACCAUUUUUGGGAGAAAAAAAUCAUUAGCUGUGUCCUCACACUGUGUAUUUGACUUCUGUCAGUUUUGUGGUUUGGGAUCUGCGGUAAACACAAUGGUCUUGGAUUGAAUGCAGGCUUAAUUACACUAGAGUAGAAGUGAAAUUAAUAGUUUACUUCAAGUAUGACAAAAUCCAGCUAGUGGAUAUUCGGUUGAUAGCAUUUUAUUGGUAGUGAGCUGUAAUUUAGUUUAAACCUUGAUUGCAAUCACGAAAUUAUUUUUGAAGGAAAAUAAAUUGUCAUAUUGUUUGCCUCUGUAAAUGUUUUGUACUUGCUGCAGAUAUAGGCAAGGAUUUUCUGAGGAGGCUAUUUUAUCCCAAAUGCAAUGGAUCUAAGCAGAAACUCAACUUUGAUUAGCAAAUCUAAAUGACUUAAAAAGAAAUUCUUCCAAAUCCACCAGGUGAAUAUUUGAAUGAACUUGAAUGAGUUGUUGGCAGUUCUUAACAGCGAUUUGAUUACUGUGAUGUAACGAAAUCUUUAAUAAAGUUUUUCCUUUGAACUGUUGAAAA